AUGUCUUUAGACGUAAAUAUAAGUGAACCAGACGAAUUCAACUGCAUUGAAUUGCAUAACUGUAUUGAAAUUGUCGCAAAUAUAUAUGAAUUAAAGGAUUUUAUAUAUCACGUCGAUAUAUUGUGUGGUAAAGGAGAGAAUUUUAUAGCAAACGUUUUUAGAGUAUCAAUUAAAGAAAGUGAAAGUGACAAAAAUAUUAGUGUUAUAGUGAAAACCCUUAUCAAUACGACGAGGCAAGAGUUGUUUCGCGAAUUGCAUAAUAGGGAAGUUAUUGCGUAUAGAGAUAUAAUAGAAAGAUACAAUGUCAUACAAAAUAAUUUCACCGUUGAAGAUCGAAUAGUUUUACCUAAAUGUAUAUUUUCGAGUACAUCAAAGAACAAUGAAGUAAUAAUUUUAGAAGAUUUACUCUUAAGUGGUUUCGAACUUGAUUCUAAACUAGCAAAAUAUGAAAAAUUAGACUAUCCACAAGUGCGUUUGAUAAUAACAGAAUUAGCGAAGUUCCACGCUAUGUCAUUUGUUUAUGAAACAACUGAUAAAAGUUUUGAAAAUGUACGAGAUUCAUUUACAGAUUUAGUAUAUCAAGAUAAUUUUCUAAACAAAACAAAGUUAAAGAACUAUUUCCAAGAAUCGUUCCAAAUGUCCCUGAAUCUCAUAGCAGAUGAAGAGAUUAAGAAGAAAUUAGAACAUGUUAAAAUUAAACUAUUAGAUUUACUUAAAAUGUAUACAAAACCUAAGAAAUAUAAUGUAUUUUGCCAUGGUGAUUGUUGGAUAAAUAAUAUAUUAUUUAAAAAUGAGGGAACACGAAGGGAGUUGUGUUUUUUGGACUUCCAAGCUAUGCGCUAUGCAAACCCUAUAACGGACAUUCUAUAUUUUAUGUAUAUUUGCACAGACUCCGAAUUUAGAUCUGAAUAUUUUGAUGAACUAAAAACAGCUUAUUAUGACACUUUUAAAAUAUUCUUAAAACAGUAUAAUGUGGAAGCAAAUGUAAUAUAUCCUAAAGAAGAUUUUGAUAGUGAUAUACAAGAAACGUUGCCAUUUGGAUUAUUAGUAGCAUUGCUGGAGCUACGACUAGUUACUAUUAUUCCUGAAGAUCAAACGAUAUCAAAAGACUUAGAUGUAAUUCCAGACAGUGAAGAAACAACCGAAGGAACAGCACUGAGUGAAGAUAAAUUAUAUGCAAUUAGAGUAAAUGAUGUUGUAAAUGAAUGUAUCAACAAUGGUGUUAUACAGAAUCUUCUAAAUAUUGUAAAUUUU